UAGCCACGUCCCCCCUCUUUAUUGCCCCCUAAAUCUUUUCCUUUCUUAGUCUCCCACAACCAAUUUUUUUGUUAUUGCUCCAGAUUUUUCCCUCUCCGGUGCUGUUCUUUGCUCCCGGCCUGCCUGCCACUAACUUAGUGCUAAAGGGAAAAGGAGGAUCCGCCUUUAAACUCUCCUCCUCCGAUGAAUAACAAAGCGACUCUUUAAAUAGGGGCGGUACUGGCGGCUCGGCUCCACUCGCCUGCAGCAGCCGCUUCUGUGCUGGCGCAUCCGUACCACCUCCUUCCAGCUGCGGUAUCUCCUCUUGCGCGUUCGGGAAGCCAUAGCAUUAAUAAUCAUGUUUGAAAUUAAGAAAAUCUGCUGCAUUGGUGCUGGUUAUGUUGGUGGGCCAACCUGUAGUGUCAUCGCUCAUAUGUGCCCAAAAAUUAAGGUCACAGUUGUUGAUAUCAAUGAAGCUAGAAUCAGUGCCUGGAAUUCUGACACACUUCCGAUUUAUGAGCCAGGGCUAAAGGAAGUGGUAGAAUCCUGCCGUGGAACGAAUCUCUUUUUUUCUACCAACAUUGAUGAUGCCAUUAGAGAAGCUGAUCUUGUGUUUAUUUCUGUUAAUACCCCAACAAAGACCUAUGGCAUGGGGAAGGGCCGGGCAGCAGAUCUGAAAUACAUUGAGGCUUGUGCAAGAAGGAUUGUGCAAAACUCCAAUGGUUAUAAAAUUGUAACCGAAAAAAGCACUGUCCCUGUCCGUGCCGCAGAGAGCAUCCGGCGUAUAUUUGACGCCAACACGAAGCCCAACUUAAAUUUGCAGGUUCUGUCUAACCCGGAAUUCCUUGCAGAAGGCACAGCCAUCAAGGACUUGAAGAAUCCAGACCGUGUACUGAUUGGGGGUGAUGAAACUCCUGAGGGUCAGAAAGCUGUUCGUGCUUUGUGUGCUGUCUAUGAGCAGUGGGUGCCCAAAGAGAAAAUCCUUACAACCAAUACUUGGUCAUCUGAACUUUCCAAACUGGCAGCUAAUGCUUUCCUUGCCCAGAGAAUUAGCAGCAUCAACUCGAUAAGUGCUCUUUGUGAGGCAACAGGUGCUGAUGUUGAAGAGGUUGCAAGAGCCAUUGGAAUGGAUCAAAGAAUUGGGAAUAAAUUUCUGAAAGCCAGUGUUGGAUUUGGUGGGAGCUGUUUUCAAAAGGAUGUUCUGAAUUUGGUUUAUCUUUGUGAGGCUCUGAAUUUGCCAGAAGUAGCUCGUUACUGGCAGCAGGUGAUUGACAUGAAUGACUAUCAAAGAAGAAGAUUUGCUUCUCGAAUCAUUGACAGCUUAUUUAACACGGUCACUGACAAGAAGAUUGCCAUUUUGGGAUUUGCAUUCAAGAAAGACACAGGAGACACCAGAGAAUCUUCCAGCAUUUACAUUAGCAAAUAUUUAAUGGAUGAAGGAGCAAAACUUCACAUUUAUGAUCCCAAAGUGCUGAGGGAACAAAUCAUUCUGGAUCUUUCUCAUCCAGGUGUCUCAGAAGAUGAUCAAGUGUCUCGACUGGUCACCAUUAGCAAAGAUCCAUAUGAAGCCUGUGAUGGAGCCCAUGCACUUGUUAUCUGCACAGAGUGGGACAUGUUUAAGGAGCUGGAUUAUGAACGCAUUCACAAAAAAAUGCUGAAGCCAGCCUUCAUUUUUGAUGGCAGGAGAGUCCUUGAUGACCUUCAUAAUGAACUGCAAGUCAUUGGUUUCCAGAUUGAAACAAUUGGGAAGAAGAUAUCAGCAAAGAGGAUACCAUUUGCUUCUUCAUGUGACAUACCAAAGUUUAGCCUUCAAGAUCCCCCUCUAAAGAAGCCAAGAGUAUAGGUUUUGAUUGUCACAGGGGGUUGCAAUUAAACUUCCUAUGUGAACUGUAGAUCAGCAUGAUUUAAGAGGUGGCACAAUGUUCAAGCCAAAUUUAAGUAUUGAAGUUAUGGGAGAGUUAACCAUGUGUAUAACUAUUCCCCAUUGAAAUUAAUGGGGCUACAAAGAGCUAACUUCUUGCUAGAUUAUGCUAAAUAUUUUCUCAUAAUGAAGACAAUUUUCAUGAGUAUCCGUAUCUAGGAUAUUUCAAUCCAGAAUCUGUUUUAUAGUCUCUAUUUUUAUAUUAUCAGAACUUGAAAAAGUGUAUAGUCAUGAAUGAUUUUAGUAAUUUUUAUAUUAAAAACCAUCAGCUCAAAACUUCUAGAACAUCUACUUUAUAAGGUUUACAACCCACACUUCAAAUUGCUAUGACAUGUUUUCAAAUCCCAAAUAAACAAAGCCCUCUCCCCCUUCCUUUGAUACUCUUCUACCAUGUAACAUUCUUGUUGGAACUUUUAAUUUGACUGUAGUCAGGUAUGGUCAAUUUGCUGAAGGAUCAGAGGUUACUGGAAUGUCUGUAGUUAUUUGUAUGAAAUGUCAUUCUUAACUCCUCUACUACAUAGGUAUCUGAAGACAUGAAGGAGGGUCGAUAGAAUUUUUCUUUUAGACUGAUGUGCCUCAAAUAUGGACUACUAACUUUUGUAGGAUUCUUCAGAAGUAUUCAUCAGAAAGAAACCUCUGUUUUGAUCAAAUGAUAAUUCAAACCAAUGACUUGAGCCAAUGUGAGAUGCAGGAAGAGCACUUUGCCAACCUGUAGCAUGAAAAUCUGUUCCUUAAUGCAUCUUUAAUACAUUAACCAUGCAGUCUCAUACAUGGCUACUCAAAAGUAGGUCAUGUUCAAUGGAGACUACUCCCUGGUAGCUCAGGGUGGGAAAUAGGCAUUCUUCAGGCUGCAUGUGGCUCUCGUUGUGGACCCCAUUCCAAAUUCUAAGAAUGAACAAAGCAGAGAGGCAUCCAGAGCAGCCAUUCUGAAGUAUAAUUGACCCUUGUAGAGUUCCAUAGCAACUACAGAGCAUCAGAACAAUGUAAAGGAAAACCAGCUAAUUUGGUGCUUGGGAGCUGCUCCAGUUAUUAUCCAUCAUAUUAUUUGUGAUGGCCCCACAGUUGUGUGUUGUGUCCAAAGGACCUCACCAAAGGACCUCACCAAUUUGCAAACUUCUGGUGUAGGCAGUUGCAAGGAAAUUAGUGAUUUUCUAAGUUUUUUUAGUGUGUCUAAAACUGACUUACCUUAUUAUAUUCUUUGCUAUCUUUGAGAUUUAGUCAAUAUUGCCUCAUUUUUAUAAUUCAUAGAUUUCAUUAGAGCAGAAGUUCUUAAAGCUGCGGAUGAUGAAAAGGAGCCAAGCUCCUCCCUUCCUAUAACCCAGGGCACUUUGCCAGGAAUGAAAAUCCAAUAGCUGCAAUAUGAACACCUUACGGCAGGCCAUCCAACAACCAUGAGUACAAGAGAAUUGUUCUUCUGUAUUCUUUUGUUUAGGGAUCUAAAGGCACACCGACUGGCUGCAACAUUUCCUUUAAUUUUGAUCAGCUGCAAGUGCUGCCCUCCAAAACUGCCUUUUUGUCCAGGCUGGCUCAGACCAGUGUCCCAAAGCAUAUUUUUUUGUCUUGGGCAGCAUUAUCAGAACUCUUCUAUGAAAGUGAACUUGUUGCUGUUACUGAUCAUUCAUCAUACAGAUAAUCACAAAGUUAAGUCAAAGGUUUCACUUUGAAUGGAGUAACGCCAUGGCUUUUGUAACCACCAUGGAAUUCAGUAGUUUCUCACUGCUGUUUUGACACUUUGAAUUAUGUUAAAAAUGUUGUAGGAGUAAAGGGUUCUGUGGCUGUAGCAGAACAAAAACUUCUGUCAUGUAUUAAUCAGCUUACUACCUCACCAUGAUUACAAAAAUAUUUUUAUGCUCAUUAGUAUUAAUCUGUUGUAUUGUUUAGCUUGAGCUUUUCCAGUGUUAAUAAAUCACUUCCAUUCCCUUUCAUAACAA